UCAUAUCUCAUCCCAUCUUCCAACCAGGAAUCGUAGCGGGCCUAGUGCUAGGCUCGUUGACUCGGGCUCUCAAGAAAGGCCUUCGUUUUCUCUUUAGUGUGCAGGUUUUUUCGAAGGCCUUUCGAUCGCUUUUUUCUCGAGGUAAGGGUCGCACUCCGCCUCACUUCAGAGAGUCGAGACGCAGUCGCCGCAUGUCGUGCAUAUAAAAACUCGAGUGGUAAAAGAAUCAGAUUGCAGUCUGCAGUGGUUCGAGCUGCCUGCCUUCCUGCAGAGCGCAGCCAAGACUGAGAAGAACUAGAACUAGAACGAGUAGUGAGUAAUACGUAGAAGGAAGGAGUCAUGGCAGGGGCCGGGGCCGAGAAGGAGGCUGAGCCGAGGAACAUUUUUUUGCGCUUGCUUAUCAAGCACUGGACUGUCAAGGAAAUUGUCAAAUCUCCAGCUCAGGAGGAGCGAGAGAAGUACCUGUUUUUAUACUGGAAAGGAAUCCCCUUCAACAGAUGGAUGCUCUUCGCCUCCUCCUUCCUCAUCCAGUUUUGCUGUGGUUCCCUCUACUCCUGGUCCAAUUUCAACGCCCCCAUCGAUGACCUCAUCUAUGGAACGAUUACUGCCAACAAGGCCCCCAACACCUUCUACAUUGCCGUCGGUAUGUUCGGCACGACGGCGAUGAUUCUGGGGCCAUGGCUGGAGCGGCACGGGCCGCGGCUGGGGCUCUUGCUGGGAUCGACGGUGUUCGGAGUGGGGCAGGGCGUGGCCGCGUUAUCGCUGCACAAGAAAUCCAUCGUAGGAGUGUACAUUGGCUACGGAGUGCUGGGCGGAUUCGGGCUGGGGCUGAAUUACAUCUCGCCCGUGUCGGCGCUGCAGAAGUUCUUCCCGGACUUCCGAGGAGUGGCAUCGGGCUUCGCGGUGGCGGGAUUCGGAGCCGGCUCCAUCGUCUGGAGCAAAGUGUACUUACCCAUGAUCAACAGGUUCCAGCUUCCAGAGACCUUCGCCAUCCUCGGGGCCGUUCUCGCAGGCACCAUGCUCUGCUGCUCCGUGGUCAUGCGCACGCCGCCCAACAAUUUCACCGUCGGAGGCCUCAAUGUGCGAGGCCAGAGAGUCGCCCACGAGCACGAGCACGAGAACGAGCUGGAGCUGGACCAGGUGCGCGACGGUAAGGAGUCGCACGACGUCGAGAAGUCGGCCUUGCCCGUGGCCGUAGCCGGGACGCCCAUCGUCAUGAGCCUCAUCCAGUCGCUCCGGUCACCCGACUUCUUCUUCAUGUACCUGAUGUUCUUCGCGAACCAGAUCUUCGGGCUCGUCGCGCUGUCGCGACUGUCGAACAUGGCGCAGGACCUCUUCGGGCAGAGCAAGAACGAGGGCGCUAACGUGGUAUCGAUCAACGGCGUGUUCAACUGCCUCGGCCGACUGUGUCUGCCGAUGCUCGCCGACUUGGCCAUCAAGACGCUGAAGACGAACCCGCCGUUCGCGCGCAAGCUCGUCUUCCUCUUCAACCUCGUAGUGCAGGUCGUCAUCGUGGCCAUUCUGCCGCACCUCAUCAACCGCGGCAACUACGACGGCUUCCGCGGCGUUAUGUGGACGCUCACCUUUACGUACGGGGGCGGGUUCGGGACCAUCCCGUGCUUCCUGACCGACAUGUUCGGCCCGUACAACAUCGGGGCGCUUCACGGCAUGAUCCUUACCGCCUGGUCUAUCGGCGGCGUCGGCGGCGGCCUCGGCUUCACUUCCGUCUUUGACCGGCACAAGCCCUCGGCCGCCGACGCCAAAGUUCCCGGCGCCUUCGACAAGGCGUACGAGAGCAACUUCCACUGGAUUCUGGCCGUGCUCGUCGUCGGCCUCGCCAUGCUCUUCUUCGUCCGCACCGACCCCGUCGACCGGACCGCCCCCGGUUACCGGUUCAGCGUCCUGGGCAAGAAGAUCGUCCACUUCAAAGGCGCUCGCUUCGGCUCCGACCACCACGCGGUUGCCGGCGCCGACGCCGUCCACCCGCAGGCCCCUACGUCGUCCAAAGUCGACAGCGUAGCGUCUCCUAUGUAGUAAGCAGGCCCCUCCCAAUCUCGUCCCCACCUCGAGGCGGUGCGUAAUGAGCUUACAGAUUGACGAGAGCCGAAGGUUCACGAGGAUCGAUCGAAGUGCACAUGCUCCUCGCUCGAUGCACAAUCUCCCGAACAGAAUUCAUUCGUGUGUGCACUGGAAAAGCGACGGGUGGCAAUCUCGAGGCCUCUGCUCGACUGCCUUUGUACAUUAUACUACUGGCGUGGAGACGGUCCACAAAAAUUGUCAUUGUGGACGUGAGCUCAAGCCAGACAGAUUGAUACAGCGUAGAGAUAGUAAAUAGAUUGGUUAGUACAGUACUCCGAUUAAGAAUGCUUCAAAAUUACUUCAAAAUGCAGAAUGUCCUUUGCAGUUUGUUCCUUGCUUCUUGCCCUUUGCAGUCAGUACCCAUCCAGUAGACAACUAGUUCUGCUCGUCGAGCCUGCGGUUGCCCUGCUAGGCAGGAUCGCCAGAGUUUAGAUCCAAAUCUUGAUGAGGAGUGCAUUCGUCAUUUGCGCUCACAGCCAUACCUGGACUCCAUCUAAGCAUCCAGACGAUUGUGUACACAUAUACUGGAAUGAUUACCUUUGCGAAUUGGUGGCCUGAUUUUCUGGUCCAGACAGCAUUACAUU